AUGACCACCAGAUCAAAGUUGAAAAUGGCCCAGGAGGUGUCCUGCAUCGGUGACUGUGAGGACACUAUGAUUACAGAGAAGUACCUGGCUGAGUCCAAGCAGCCUGCGUCUCAUGUGCAGCUGGCCUGCAGCAUGCUGUACUGUGCCUUCCCCCUGGAUGGGAACCAGCUUUGCCUGUGGAGCAUCAGGGACCCUUCUCACCAGCUUCUAAUCCUACAAGGACACCUUCAGUCAAUUACUGCUAUGGCUUUUGGAAAUAAAGAGAAUCCACCUCUAAUCUGUUCUGCAUCACAGGAUUAUCUUAUGAUAUGGAACCUGGAUGAAUGCAGAGAGAAGUCACUUAAAGGGCUGGUUCCUCGAGGGACCGUCAUGGGUACGCUUUUGGAAAAAGUGCUGUAUUUAAGAUUUAGUCCAGACGACCGUGUUGUUGCAGCAUGUGCUGGCAGCAGAGUGUGGGUGUUGGACGUGGAGGUCUGGGACCACUGUAUGGGAACAUUAGUGUACAGCUCAUCUGUUUUUGCAGCAUAUCCUCUCCUGAGUUUGUUCAUCGAUGAGGACAGUAAGCAGCUUCUCACAGGGUGUGCUGAUGGCCAGCUUUGGGUCUUCAGUUUGAUAGAAAGGCACCAUUACCGGUGUGUGGCACGGGUUGACCUAAGGAAGAAAAACAAGGCUUUCUUCGCCCGAAGGAUGGAGUCUGAGGUGUGCAGCCUGACAGAGGAGAGUCAGCGCCCCUCUAGGAAGAUGCUGGACCAAGGAGAAGAGGCUGAAGCAGCCCUCCCCAUCCUGAUGCUGGCAGGCUGCUACCUUCCACGCCUUCUAGAUGCUGGAUGUGGAGUCCUUCCUUCUGAGAGCAGCACCUGCUUGUGGAUUGCAAGUUCAACUGGUCUGUUCAUAUUCCACCUGGCAAGCUUGGAACUGGAGCACGCAUUACACUUCAAAGACUUCAGGUGCCUCAGCGUCCAGGUGGCUGGUUCCUGCGCUGUGACGAGCCAGGCUGCUGACCACAAGGCCUUUUGCCUGCUCACGUCCAUGUUUGGGAAGAGAAUUGCCAUACUGGAAAUCAGCCUGGAUACUCUGGUGAGGUCCCAGCAGGGCCCUGUCCCUGAGAAGGCACUGUCAGUGCUGGCGAGCUCCUGUGUUCUACCAACUUCUCCCCUGUAUCUUGGAGUUGUUAAGGGGAAAAGUACUAAACCUGCUGGUCACAAACAAUCUGCUGUGCAGAGUGCCGUGGGGGACCAGCCCUUGGUUUUCCACACCAAAGUCAGGUCGUCCGGUUACGCAUUGCCACCGCGUGUCACUAUGUUUUCACCAAAGACUAACAUCAAGAAAGAUGGUAAAAGAUCUUCAAAAUGCAAGAUCAAUUGCAAACGGUAUAAGACUGUUUUUGUCAGCUUUUCCAUCUCUGACCAAGUACCUGAUAAAAACAACUAA